UAUUGUUUACACUGUUCAGUCUCCUCUCUCUCUCUUCAUUUAUCUCUCUAGCUGUCUUAUUAUUCUUAGCUUACUUUGCAUACCUCUAUAUAAUCUAGUUGUCUUUAUGAAAGCACAUUAGCGUUAGUACAUGAAUGCCUUUCUUUCGUUGCUACUCUGUUUACUAGCUCGGAGCUUAGCCUAGCUCUGCUGUUAGCUUUGUGAAUCCACAGGUACAUCUUCUCGUCCUCCUCCUAAAAAAUGGCCAAUAGGUUACUGCAGCUGAGAGUGUUUGUUAAUGAGAGGCUUACAGCGGCCGCGGAGGAAAUCUUCGGUGCUGUGGAAAGAACCAUAUUAGAGUAUCGAAACGACAUGUAUCUGUCCAGAGAGGAUGUGAAACAAAGCGGGCUGCUGAUGCUAGCUGAAGGUUUGAACCGACAGAUGGAGUUCUCUGCAGUCUCCCAGGAAGUCAGUGUGUCUGAAGCAGAGGCCUCCACCCAGCCAACACACACUGCAGAUGCAUCUCCAGAGCCUCAGGAACACUGGACCAGCCGGGACAACGACAAACUGCAGGAGCUGUAUGAACAGAGCACGCAGCCCAUCUCACGCCGUCAAACCCAAACCGAUACCAGCAGAGAGGAAGAGCUUCUUCCCAGCACUUCGACCGACUGGUUGAAAACAGAAGAGGAAGACGACGGCUAUGAAAGAUCAGAAGCAGCAAACUUCUGGCAGCCGCUCUCCUCAGACAGCAUGGAUGAACAUGAUACCAGUGAUGCUGAGUAUACAGAGAGAGGAGACUCUAAUUCUUGUUUAAAGACGGUAAAGUCAAAGCAAAAAGCAAAGCAAAGACUUUUAGGAACAGCUCUGGGGAGCCAACUUAGUGAACAACAGCCAUGUCUACCCCAAACACCUCCCUUUGCAAACAUGGUGAUGAUGCAGCUUCAAGCCAAAACUGCAACUUUACCAUUGCUUCCAGCUUUAACUCCUGGAAAGAAGAGGAAGAGAUGUCAGAGCUGCCCUAAGAAGAAGGACACCAAGACCAGCACCAUCUGCCUGAAAUGUCAAAAAUACAUUUGUAAGGCACAUUGCCAAACAUUCACAUACUGCCUGACAUGCAUAUGAACAUUAUGAGAACAAUAACUUUGUUUAUACAGCACCCUUUAAAAAACUAACUCACAAGUGCUUCACAAUAGUUACAACAAACACCACCAGUUAAGAAAAAGCCAUAAGAGACGUCAGUAGAAGGGAUUUAAAAGAGUACACUGAGUCUGCAUGCCUGAGAGCUCCAGGUAGGGAGUUCCACAGCUUAGUCAAGGCACACAUGAUUUGCCACAAGGGGACCAGAGGGGGCACAUACACUGUUAAAUGGACAUUACAGUGAAGUUGGAAACAUUGUGUGUCUAGCAGAUUAUUUUACUAUGUGUUAAAACAUGUAAAAAAAAAAAACAGAAGGGAAAUGUCUGCUUAUGUUGAUACAGUUAAUCAAAUUACCAAAGUCCACUCACACGUAUUGAACCUGCAGCUUUUGUGGCACCAUGCAUCUCAACACUGCACACUGAUACUUUUUUCAUUAACAGUGUUCCCAUUUAUUUGCUUGUUUUAUUGAACUCAAUAAAGAUAUAAGAAAAAAAGCUACUAGAAUAUUCACUUAAGAUGGAUAUUAGGUUCAUAAUUCUUCAAGUCUGUCUUAAAACAUCAACAUGUAAACCUGUCUUUCUUGUUGUAAUCAUUCCUCCUGUUCAUACUGACCAUUAGAAGAUCCCUUCAUAAUGCACUUACAAUGGAAGUGAUGGAGGACUAAAUCCAUAUUUUUACUUCUGUGUAAAAAUGUAUUUAAAAGUUGAUCUGAAGCUAAUAUGAAGCUUCAAAUCAAAUCUUCUGUUUCAACCAUAGACUGUAUAUAAGUUCAACGUUACAGUAUUUUUAGUACCAAAGUCCCUCUUUUUGUUACUAUACUUCCACCACAGCUCAACAGGGAAACACAAAGAGGGAAUUUGAUGCUAAAAAGACUAAAUGUGUCAGAUAUCACUUGAUAUGACUAACUCAAACUGCUGAAGCUUCACAUGAGCUUCACAUCUACUUUAAAUGCGUUUUGCUUUAGCAGGGAGAGCUGGGAAAUGUAGUACAGUUGAGCUGAGAUUUGUUUUAAAUCUUUAUUUUUUAGAUAUAUAUAUAUAUGUAUGU